AAUAAAUACCCCUUCCUCUGUCUCAGUUUCCUCUUCGGUCUUCCACUCAUUCGCUCUCAUUUUAUCUUUCCAUUUCUCCUUCCCGUUCUUUGUUUUCGUCGAUCUUCGUCAACCAUGGCACAAGAACCAGUUAGAGUCCUUGUCACUGGAGCUGCAGGACAAAUCGGAUAUGCUCUCGUGCCUAUGAUUGCCAGAGGAGUAUUGCUAGGAUCUAACCAACCUGUCAUCCUGCACAUGCUUGAUAUCCCACCUGCUGCAGAGUCUUUGAAUGGCGUAAAGAUGGAGUUGGUGGAUGCUGCUUUCCCACUCCUCAAAGGUGUUGUUGCUACAACUGAUGUGGUGGAGGCAUGCACUGGUGUCAACAUUGCUAUUAUGGUUGGUGGAUUCCCAAGGAAAGAGGGUAUGGAAAGAAAGGAUGUGAUGUCAAAAAACGUCUCCAUUUACAAGGCUCAGGCUUCUGCCCUUGAAAAGCACGCUGCUGCCAACUGUAAGGUGUUGGUUGUCGCUAACCCGGCAAAUACUAAUGCAUUGAUCUUGAAGGAGUUUGCUCCUUCCAUCCCGGAGAAAAACAUUUCUUGCUUGACGAGAUUGGAUCAUAACAGGGCAUUGGGUCAAAUUUCAGAGAGAUUGAAUGUUCAAGUAUCCGAAGUUAAGAAUGUUAUUAUCUGGGGUAACCAUUCAUCAACACAAUACCCUGAUGUCAACCAUGCUACUGUCAAGUUACCAUCUGGGGAGGAGAAAUCUGUCCGCGAGCUUGUUGCUGAUGAUGCAUGGUUGAAUGGAGAGUUUAUUAGCACUGUUCAACAACGAGGUGCUGCAAUCAUCAAAGCCCGAAAACUCUCAAGUGCAUUGUCUGCUGCUAGUGCAGCUUGUGAUCACAUUCGUGAUUGGGUUCUUGGAACUCCGGAGGGCACCUGGGUUUCCAUGGGAGUUUAUUCUGAUGGAUCAUACAAUGUACCAGCUGGACUGAUGUACUCAUUCCCCGUCACGUGCCGUAAUGGUGAAUGGUCAAUUGUGCAAGGCCUUUCCAUUGAUGAAUUCUCAAGGAAGAAACUGGACUUGACCGCCGAGGAGCUGACCGAGGAAAAGGCUUUGGCUUACUCCUGCCUCUCCUAAACAGUUGGUCCCUGGCCCCUUCCCGUUGGUACUAAGAGAGGUGUGGCUCUUAAUUGAAGUACUUUCUUUUUAGUGGCUACAGUUUUGAUUGAAUAAUGGCAUCCUUAAGAACAGCUAUGGAGGAAGCAGAGAAACAGGACAAUAUCUUCUGCUUUCUGGUAUUUAUGCAUUUCCCUGGUUUCCCUUUUUGUUGAGGAUUUUUCAUUUCCUUACUGCUUCAACCCAUCAACGGCCUGUUUAUGUGAUGAGUUUUACAUGAACUUUUGUUGAUCGGACUCAUAUAAUAUUACCCAUCAGAAUAAUUUCUUCCAAUUUGUCC